AUCUCUUUGUUUAAUGUUUUUUUGGGCGAACCUCUUGGCGAAGAGGUAUCGAUAUUAAAAGAUAUAGGCUAGAGCGAUCUAAAUAGAAAAGAGUGAGGCGGGGUUUGGCAGCCCUCCAAGAGGAGGCAUCUAUGUUUGGACGCAGUUGAUGGGGUCCCCAGUGCCUCACGCCUCGGGUGACUACCCAGCUCACGGAAACCCACAGAGGCCAGUGCUGAGAAGGGAAGAACUGUCCAGUACGAAGAGCUGUCCUGGAGAGCCGUUGAGGAAAUGGAAGUCACUGGAAGGAGACUGGAGGACUUUUUAUUAUACAGACCAAAACAAGGCGGAGAGGCGAUGGACCACUCAUGUGAGGGGAAGCAAGUCCACAUGUGAGAACCAGGUUCAACCGAGCAGGUAUCCAGAAAAUGGCUGUUCUCAAUCGAUGAGGUACCGAAAAACACCUGGGUAUAAGGAUGAAACGAGUGGUACUGAGUGGCGUGGGGAGGAAGCUGAUUUUGUUUGCCAAACAGACAGAUAUUGCCCCAGCAAUCCAAGUCAGUCAUCAGAAGCAGCAUCAUUUUCUUCAACUUUUCGAAGAUCUUUACACUUACCUGACAGGGAAGAUCUGAAGAGAGUUGUUAACUCAAGUUACCCGCUCCUAGAGGAGAACCUCAGCCUAUUGCAGAAACUGAAGAAGGAGAGAGAUCUUUGCAGACAACUAGAAAACGACAUGAUUGACUUGGAAGGUCAAAUCCAGGAUGUUUCCAAAUCAUUUCACACUGGUGGAGGGCUAGAAGUGGAUAGCAGAGAGGGCAGUAGUACCAACAGCGAAGGUGGUUCCGAUGUAGAGGGCGACAGCCCACCUGCUGGCGGGUCAUACGAACAGGUAUUCGCUGGGACGGAGCCGAACGAAUGGGAUCGCUUCAAGGAGCCAGAGGAGGAAGGAGAAGAACUGGACCCGAUCACCGUCAUUGAGACCUCGUUAUCCAGUCUCUUGGAUUUGGCUGACAGGCUUGAACUGGCUGUGCGUGAGAGAGAUCUAGAAUUGAGGAGGCUACUGGAGGACAGUUCUCUCCACCGUAUACCCACAGAGUGGAUCAGGCCGUCGUUCCAGUUGUCCAGGAUACCUUCAGAGCUUGUCGAUCUCUUACAAGAUCUCCAGGCCGCCCUCAGGCUAUUGCUGGCCAAUAGAGACUGGGAGUGCGGGAGACAGCAAGGAGAAAAGGAUUGUUCUUCACCAGCGAGCUUCACCUUCCAGGCUUUCGACGACCGAGUCCUAGUACCGACGGUGAGGACAAUAUUCUCGCCCGUAGGGGAUUCCGUGGAGAUGCGGCCCGUCGAGGAACCAGAUGGGGGUAAAGAAGAAGAGUAUCCUUCAACUAUCAGCCUGGGACAGUGUUCUGAAUUCACUGCAGAACCUCUUACCUUUCCUGAACAAACAACGACUGACACUUUCGACCAAGACGUUGAUGAGGAAGCUCCGGAUCUAACUUCCGAAGAUAAUUGCACACCCGAUGAUGAUCCACUCUCAGAAGAACUAUCUGAAGCCCAGGAGCGACAUCCAGUGCUUCCUCCUCCACCUAUUCCUGAUCUUUUGGAGAACCAGCCAUCCGAAAUAAUUAAGAGGAUAGAACGGUUGCAGGAAUUGGUGAAGCCUGAACUUUGCGAAAGCCUCAAACAAAGAGCACUCCGAAUACAAAAGGCCAAAGAAGACUUUCUGUCAGGAGUGAUCGGCCCACCGCCGGUAGAGCCAACUUACCAGGAACCUGAAGAGGAAGACAAGGAUAUAGUAAUAGUAGACUGCUCUGUUCCAUCUCCCAAUGGUCUCACAGUCAAAGACGAGACAGAAGAGAAGAAGGGAAAGCUGUCUUUCCUUCGGAAGAAGAAGCGGCAGAGCUGGGGCAGCGAGGAGCUCUGCCGGGAGUCUUUGGUUCUGGAGGACCGGUCUGACUGGUUGAGGAAUCCCUUCAGGCCUAAGGGGAAAUACAAGAUCAACAAAUAGUUCUUCUUUUCUUUUUUUUUUUAAUUUUUUGUAUAUUAUGACCAUUUAAUAAUAAAUUUUUUACAUUUUUUUUCUUAUUUGAGCCCCAAACGUUUAUUAUUCAAUUAUCACAGGUUUCUCCAAAGCCUGAGUAAAUUCAACCAUUUAUUUAUUUUUUUCUUCUAACCAUCAUCGACAUUGCAUUCUACAAUAUACAAUAUAUUAAAUCCUCUUUUUUCAACUGGCUGCAAUGUCAAAUUUUAGUCUCACUGAGAAAUUUCAAUUAAAACAACAUUAUUAUAUUAAUUUUUCCUCUCCAUUUUCCCAUCAGAGCCGGAUCUACAGGAGUGCUUUCGGGCUGAAGAUCUCCCUCCCCCCAAAAUCGUAAAAUUUAACCAUGUCUUAUGAAAAAAAAUCCCUCUGAAAGUUUUAUUGUUCGUCUAAUUACAUUUAAUAGGACUGAGACAAUAUUUCGUGUAGGUAAAUAGUCUCUUUCUUUUUCUUCCAAAGUAAUUAUCAUUAUAUAUAUAAAGGCUUUUGGGUUGAAGCCCCCAAAAAGUUAAAUCCUGUAUCCGCUAUUGUUUCCCAUUAUGUAUCACAUCAAAACAUAGUUUAAAUUAUUAGUUUAACAUUCAUAAUUUAUUUUUAUUUCAUACAGUCCACUAUAUUCCAAAUACUAUUAAGAUGAUGGCAUUAUUUCUUAAACAACGAUUUAAAUAAAUGCAUACAGGUAUUUAGUCUAAUUUACAAAAUAAAAUCUUUUUAAUUUCUAGUGCUAAAGACAGAUUUUUUUUCGGAAAGACUUUUUUAUCGCGUUGGUCCCAACAUAGGUCCAUCUGCUUCUUAUUCUAGUAUCUGUCGGUACAUUAUUAAUAUUUGAUUAUACUGCAUUGUUUCUUUGUAUGAAGUAUAAUGUUUAAAAUUUGAUGUCUAAGUAUGUAAAUAUAUGAUAUUUAAGUUGCAAUAUUACUAUGUCUUUGAACGUUAUAUCUCUCGCGUGUUAGAGGGUCUAGUCCUCUUAGUAGAUAGGCUUGUGAAAAUACAAUACUCAAUCCUUAAUCGGGAGAGAACUAUCUCUUCUUUCUCAGAGAGUUGGUUAGAAGUUUUUAUUAAAGAAUAAUAAUAUUCGACGCUUUAUUAAAUGUUAUAAAGCUAAAUUCAAAGUUAUUUAAAAUUACAGUUAAAUUAGAUACAAUAAACUUUUUAGGUGCUAAUCAAUGGCUAGAGUUCGGAAGGUUCCUUCGAUGCCGAAAGUUUGCUUUGUCUCCGGCGGACGUUUGCUCUCAUCGGCAACAAGAAGUGAGUAACUUUUGAUCCCAUCUUUCUUCUCUAUCAGCAAAUUCAACCAGUCCUCUGAAAAAAAGGGA